AGUCACGCCCUCUUUCCUGGCACACUGACGGUUACGAGUCGGGCCAAUGGCGGCGCUGGCUCUUCGGCUCUUUCCGGAUAAUUGACGAAGAUGCACGAACGUGUCGCAGCAGACUGCACUGUUAGCUUUUUAGCUAGUAAAACAUUUGUACUAUUUUCUUCGAAUAAUUUAGACCCUCAGUAGUAAGCUCAUCCAGCGGAGGAAAAAGCUGUUAUGUCAGCCUUGAAAUGGGCUGAUUAUUUUCUCUUCUCUGGAAACUCCCAAAACUGGGUCAACUGUCCAAUUUGGAAACAAAGAACGGCCUCCUUUCUUCCACCAUACUUAAGUUACCAUGUUGACAUGACAUCACUCCAUGUGCUUCUCCUUGUUCUGAUGAGCUGGCCUCGCCUCCACGCCGACGCCGCUUCCACUUCUCCUCCCAUCACGCGUCCACGGAUCACAUUCAUCACGGGCUUGGGUUCGGACGAUUACGAGGACUAUUACGAUGAGGACGAGCAGGCCAGCCGGGGCCCGCCCGAGGUUCUGGCCACCACCAGGACUCACUUCCUUCAGCGCGAGCUCUGCCCGUUCAACCCCUGCUUGGAGCAGCAGGUUCCCUGUGCCCAGCUGGCAGACAUCAGGGGUUGUCUCUGUCCUGGCGUCAGCGGGCCUGACACGCCUCCGCAUGCGCCGCGAGUCCAAGCCCUGGUGCCAAUCAGGGAGGGGGACAACCGGGGCAAGGUGGAGGUACAGUGGUGUUCUCCUUCUUCUGUGGUGACUCAGUACAAGGUGGUGGUGGAAGGAAGAGACGGACAAGUUCUGGAAUUUGGCAACGCUUUCCGACGAAGUCCUGUGGGGUUUCUGGAAGCAGGAACAAAGGUGUGUGUGGAGGCGGUGAACAAAGCAGGACACAGCACACCCUCACAGUUCUCCUGCCAGCGGUACGAUCCUCCGUCUUCAGACUUCAACAUGUUGGCAGCCAUCAUUUGUGGAGGAAUCGCCCUUCUGCUCCUCAUCUCGGCCAUCAUCUUCUGGAGAUGUUGGAAGAGCAAAAAGGCAAAGAGAGACUCGGCCGAUGGACUUGGUAAUCCUUCAUACAGCAAGGAAGAGACUCUGUGAGAUACACCAGUAGAUGGACUUGGUAACCCUUCAUACAGCAAGGAAGAGACUCUGUGAGAUACACCAGUAGAUGGACUUAGUAACCCUUCAUACAGCAAGUAAGAGACUCUGUGAGAUACACCAGUAGAUGGACUUGGUAACCCUUCAUACAGCAAGGAAGAGACUCUGUGAGAUACACCAGUAGAGGUUAUUUACCAUAGAGACGUGUCAAGAACUAGACUAUCUUAUAGGGCUACAACUACAUGUUUUUUGCGGGCAAAUUGACUAAUGUAGAUUCCUAGAAGUUUUUUGGAAAUAUUUUGUGAUAUACAACUUUGGUAAUAAAAUGAACCUAUUUGGA